GUGAGUGAAGACACGCUGACUGUUCCAAGAUGGCGGGCGCGCCGACGUGUCUGGAGCGGUCGAAUUUGAGUUCUACGUAAUCGUAUGCCUCUUGGGGCAUUCCACUUCUUCCUGUUUUCUCAGCUCAUUCAAUAACAUCAAAACUGCGCACUGUGCAAUCAGAGUUCAGUCUGUACAAAAACAUGGAGAGAAAAAAAACUAGUUUCUGCAUUUUGAAAUUGUUAUUAAAAUGUCAAUAAAUAAAAAUUAACUAUACAAAUAUGGACAAAUUUUCCCCGAAUUUUCUUCUACUAUUUUUUUAAUCUUACCAUUUAUUUCCAUUCAGCCCCCUGCCGGAAGUUGUCUGUUACUAUGGUGAUGCGCCUACACUACCUCCUGUAUGUGUUUUUUUUUUCCAAUGAAACAAAAUGAACGGAGAUGAUAUGGUACUGGAAUGUAUCAACCAACAACAGGAGAGUCUAAACCUGAGUAAUCGGGGUCUAGUUGUUUUGCCACGUGGGGUUUCGAAACUCGUUACCUUGAAAAAACUGUUUCUGAACAACAAUCAGCUCAUUUUACCACCAGACGAGAUUCUACACCUGGAACAGCUUGAAGAACUGACACUGGAUAGUAACCAGCUGACCAUUCUUCCUAGUAACAUUGGUUCACUGAAACACCUGACUUACCUGGGUGUAAACCACAAUCCAUUAUCUGUUCUCCCAGAAGAAGUAGGGGACCUGAGAGAACUGAGAGAGCUCUGGGCUGUUGGAUGUGGUCUCAUCUCCAUACCAUUAUCUAUUGGUAAACUCAGCAAGUUACAGAAACUUGGGCUCCAUAAUAAUAAUAUUACACACCUGCCAUCAAAACUUGGAGCCCUCAACAGUUUGCAGUGGUUAAACUUAGCAGAUAAUAAACUUCAAGACCUCCCAAAAGAUGUGAAUCACUUACAGUCUCUGGUCUUCAUGAACCUGGACAAGAACUGUUUUACACACAUCCCUACUGAACUAACAGACUUGGCAAAUCUGCAGAUCCUGUCUGUUAAAUUUAACAGCAUCAGAUCACUGGAGGAUUACUUAAUCCCUGGUUUCAGCAGUCUUAUAAAACUGGACCUCAGAGAAAAUCCUUUAAUGGAUAGGCCACCUCACUGGAAGGGACUGGAUUUCAUAUUGCUGGGAAAAGUGUGAUUUACUGAAGAAGCAUUUUAAUAUGAGAUGAGCAGAAACUGAGAAUGAACAUCCAGUUGCAUUAAUUACUUUUGUCAGUGAAACAUAUAAAGAACAAAAAAGUGGAUUUAUAGAGGCACGUUAUAUUACAUUUCUUUGUGACAAUAAGGAGGUGUCACAUUAUUAGAUCUCGAAACAUUAUGGCCAUGGAGGGAGGGAUGAAAAUCAUAAAGUUCCCCUAAAUACUUCUUCAUUUGGUCGAUAUGAGCAUACCCUGAAAAAGAGACAGAACAAUAAACAGUUUCUAAAUGUGAGAA